UCACCAUAAAAACAAGAUCAUACGAAUUUUAAAUAAGGGAAGAAUAGAAGACUGCUCGUUAUUAGGCGGACAUUUACCGGCGUUUUCGAGUAGGAUCUUAACAGCCACGCAUAUAAGAGAAAAAGUAGGAUCUUGAACUGUCAAAGGAUAAUUCGAUUUCAACAUGGCUUGGGUACCUUUAGAAUCAAAUCCAGAGGUUAUGACGAAGUUUCUCCACAAACUAGGUGUUCCAAAAAAAUGGUCGGUUAUAGAUGUGUAUGGUUUGGACCCGGAAUUAUUGGCGCUCGUCCCUAAGCCAGUUCUUUCAGUUAUUUUGCUUUAUCCUGUUGCUAUAAAAAAUGAAAAGACCGAAGAAGAGGAAGAAGUAGCUAAAGAUAAAAGUGACACUCCAGAUUCUGUUUAUCAUAUGAAGCAAUGUAUCUCGAAUGCUUGCGGAACAAUUGCAUUAGUUCAUAGUGUAGCCAAUAAUUUGGAUGUCUUGCAAUUAGAUGAUGGUUUCCUCAAGACAUUUUUGGAUGAGACCAAAGGACUCUCAUCUGCUGAGCGUGGAGACCGAUUAAUAAAUGCACAAGGCAUCAUUGAUAUUCACAUGGAGUCAGCCCAAGAAGGACAGACUGAGGCACCUGCUGAAGAUAUGGAAGUAUAUCACCACUUUAUUGCAUUUGUACAUAAGGACGGCUCCCUUUACGAACUAGAUGGUCGGAAACCUAGCCCAAUCAACCAUGGCUCAACUUCACCGGAAACACUCCUAGAGGACGCUGCUCGUGUUUGCAAGGAUUACAUGGCGCGUGAUCCCGAGGAAGUGCGUUUCACGGUAGUCGCGCUGGCUGCCAAUGAAUAAAUGACGCUCGUAUACCAAGUGCAUUUGCCUUUAAGCUAACUUAAGUUUGAUUAAUUUAUUUUGCACGUGCCUCGUACAUUAUAUGCUUUGGCAACGCAUUUAUCUUAUUCAAUUGUAGCUUUUCCAUGCGAUAUAUGGCAUAUUAAGAGAUUGAUAUUCAAAAAAGAAAAAAAGAACAUUCAAA